AUGAUGGAGAACGCAAUACGAGCUGUAAAGGAGUGCUUUCCGGGCGCUAAGGCGACUGGUCGCACAUUCCCAAUUGCCAAGUCGCUGCAAACGAUCAAUGAGAAAAAAAUGGAGCCGGAGCCGGAGCCGGAGGCGCAGCGCGCAGGAGGGGUCAAGACGCCUAACUCAGACUCGUCUACAAAACCCCCUCACCUGACACUAGUAGACCUCAUUCCUCAGGCGCAGAAGUCCCAGUUGAGCGAGGAUAAGCACAUGCAGCCUUGUGUGAUGAAAAUAAUACACGCAGUAAAAGAAGCGGUCGGUUCAGAGCUCGUUGUGAUGGACACGCACAAUUCCUCCAACCAGUUCAUAAAUCCCGUAGGCCGACCAGACACAAGCAUGUUGGCAGAGGAGCUGAUAGCUUGGACUCAGCUCGUUACGGUCGGCGAGUUUAAGGUCCACGACGGUAAAGACGAUCAAGAUUCGAUGUUGGGUCAGGAAAUUGGACGAGGCCAGGUCGCUUUAGAGAACCAGCCGGAUCGUCAGCAUUUCUUCUCCUUUGGCCUGAACAUGAACGCCUUAGAGGUCGUCCACAUCCAUCGAGAUAGCGAGUGCAAGUGGGUGAUAGAGUCAACAGGCCUGCAGCCAUUCUACAUUGGCGAAGACUCGGUCGGCUUUAGAUGGUUGGUGAGGCUUCUAGCUACGGAGAAGAGCAAGCUGGGCUUUGUGAGCCCGGUGUUGCCUGACCUGAGCGUGUUGGAGGGGAGGCGGGUGGGCAAAUUGCAGUUGCUGAGACGGGGCACGGGGCCCAGCACUGUGGGGAGCUGGGUGUUUACGGCAGAGAGCGAUGGCUACUUCGGAAAAUGCAUUCUGAAACUCUGCGACCACAAGCUGGAGGGCGACUUGCUGAGAAUGCUGACUGCGGAAGGUGUGCCACACCUUGUGAAGGUCCUCGCAAGCGGCGAGUGCACCUACCAGGGUCGACAGUGGCACGCGCUCCUCCUGGCCCCGUAUGCGCAGCGGCUCACUAUGCAACUUGGACGGAAGUUGCUUGUCCAGGCGGCACGUGAUGUUGCGGAUGCAAUCAACGGGUGCGUAGAGAAGGGCGUCCUCCAGAGGGACAUUAGCCUUGACAACAUCGGAGUUUUUGAGGGACGAGGAAUGCUCUUCGACUUCUCAGCAGCCAAGGUCGUUGCACACGAGGACGUGGACAAGAUACAGCCAGCCAGUCCGACUGGGAAGCUGGGUGCCAUCACGGGCACCCCGCUCUAUGCCCCUCUCUCAGUACUGCAAGGGCGGAGCCACACCCGGAGCUCAAUGCUGGAGGGGCUCUACAUCAGCCUCCUCGCCUGCUGUUGCGACGAGAAGGUGGCGCGGCGGCAUGACAUGAAGCUGUCCGACCUGGAAAAGUGCGCGGAGCUGCGGGCCGGACGUAUGCUCGCGGCGGAGCCGAGCGACCUCAAGCGGGUCCCGGAUGAGUUCCGCGGCUUCCUCUUGGAGCUCCAUGAUCUCUUCUAUCCCAAGACGCCAGGGCGAACUAUGCGGGAUUAUUGCAUGAGAGUGACGGCGGAGCAGUUCAACGGUGUCUGUUCUAAGUGGGCCCGGUAA